AUGUCUCGUACCAUCAAGAUCACGACUCGACAAGCCAUUCAAAUCGCCCAGAACAGUGAGAAUGGCUCUAUCGACCCCAUAAUUCUCCACAUACUGGAGCUCGCCUUGUGCCGCAUAUGGAACAAUAUUCAGGACCAGCCGGAUAGUUACAUUAUGAGCCAGCUGGAAUUCGCCGUGUUCAACUAUCACAGAGCUCUACCAGACCUGCAAAACGAAACAGCACGGGAAGCUGUCUCAAGGUACUGGGAUAGUCACACCCUCGUCCUCGAUGUUUGA